AAGUUUGCAUCGAGAUGUCAUUGCACACCAGUACACAGGAUAACGAAAAGAGACGAGCAGCGCUAAGCGUAGAUAACAGGACAGGACGGGACUGACUACUAUGUAGAGAAGCGGGGGCUAAAGAAAAACAACGGCCAAAGAAAAAAAGGGAGGGGUGGGAUUAGCAACCUUACGCAGCAUUGCAACAGGGGGGGAGGGAAAGGAGAUUAAGCCAAAUACUGAGACAUCUAGGCAAAGAAAAAGGCUAGGAAAAAUAUCAUGGCUAGAAAAUACGAUCUUCGCCCACCGCCCGGAGAAAAGAUAAAUAAAUACAGCUUGAUCCAAAAAGCAGCUUGAAAUACACGUUAACAAGAGUGAAAUAUCGAGGAUGGAAAAGAAGAAAGCGAGAUGGACAUGUGGAGGACAAGUAUCGGCAUAGCGGAAGAAGCACUGAGCAGCGAGCGACGAGCUAGCCCAGACUUGUAUCAAGAAAGGAAACAGUCCAGGGCCAGAAGAAAUGACGUGGAAAGCGAGAAAGGGUCGAGCGUGCGUACCAGGAAGCAACCUGACCGUGAGGCCUGACAAUCCAUAACCGUCCUCUGAUCCACCAACAUUUCAAACCUAAGCCAGGCGAACAUACUCUACCCUAAACCCUCACUUCAUGGGCUCCAGCGUCUCAUCAUUGUUGAUCCAAAAGUCCAAACCAUCAAAAGAGUCCCCAAAUCCUGGCGCGUCGAGAUCCUC